UGUUCUCGCUAAAAGUGCAGCCCGAAACAUGGGAUUUAUGCUUUAAAUACUCGUCGGAGGGGCAUAAUGCAGUGAUUAUGUUACGCACAAAGAUAUUCGGUUCUUAGGGGUAGAACUAAAUUGAGCAGGGGGAGGCGGGUGGCAUUCAGUGAUGAUGACCUCGUCUUUGCACCACGGAAACAUGGAUCACCUAGAGCACCAGGACGAGCAUGAGCUUCAGAUGAAUCUAUCGAAAGAGCUGCUUCGCAGCGGGAUCGCGGCCGUUGAAAGUAGCGCGAUCCAGUUUAUAGCAUCAGCGCCCGUCGGCAGUCAUACGCGGGAACAGGAAUACAUCGAAUCGAGUCUGCUCGGCACUGACCUCCUGUCGAGCCACCUUCCGACGCAUACGCUGAACGAUUAUAUCACCUCGGUACCUUGCAGUAGCAGCGGCAGCUUAAGCAGCUUACAGCCGACCAUGCUGGAGCACCACUACCGCACAUUUCUCUCGGAUGACCUACAAUCGCUUGUCGAAGUGAGCGGGAUCCACUCGGUCUCCGAUGCAGCGGACAGAAAAUUGUUCCAACAAUAUGGCAACAAAUCUUCGACCAACACGAUGGGAUCAAGUAAUGAGACGGCCGUGAUUGUAACCGGAUCAAAGGAAAUACCUUCAUUCGGAACAAUCACGACGUACGAUAAGCUGCUGAAUAUGGCUCAACCACCGUCUCCUAUCCCUGGCGGACUGGCUCAAAUCAGUGGUGCGAUUGAUGGCUAUGUGCAUUUCGCUCUUCCCGGUGGCGAGACGUACGAUUUGAUAGGGAACUCUAUUACUACCAGCCACCAUCAUCAGGAACAGCACGACGUACACAAUCCUUACGGCCUUCAUCAUCUACAUCAUCAUACGCAACAUCAUCAUCACCAACAGCAACCACAGCAGCAUACGCAGAAUGCCAAGGAGCUUCCGGUUCUGGUAAACACUUCUAUAGCCUUAGGUCAAACCUUCAUUCCCUGCAGUCAAAGCUCACUACAGCCAUCAGAUGCUAGCACAAUGAAGAUGCUGAGCAGUACAAUCAUUCCUGUCUCAACAACGAUUGCUGAGCCGACACAUUUACAUGAUGGUACAACAUUGUCCAUGUCGCCAUUGCGGAGUGAAGCGGAACACAGUAAAAGUUACUACACCAGCACGCACCUUCCAUCCUUUCUGACCAACAAAGAACGUUCGAAUGUGGCGCUUGUCGACGCAGCAGUGCUCAAUGAUAUCGGUUCUGAAGUGAGCGAUAGUGAAGCUAGAAUCGAUGAGACUGAUACCGAUUGUUUAACACCGAUGGACAUCGUUUCCCAAACGAUGCCGCUGGCCGCUCAGGAAAGCAUAAAUCUUCCUCAUAAAAAACGGUUGUCUAAAAAAAUCGGCGAUACUAAAGAUACAUUCAGUAGUGGCGAACCUAAUCAAUCCCCUAGUGUCUUAAACGAAACGAGAGUCACGGUGAUUGCGACUGAGUCAACGGUAAUGCGCGAAGAAACAGCUCAGCAGCCUGCUAUGCUGCAAUCCGGUCAGACCCAGCCUGAUGAAAGUCACACGACAAAAUCGACUGAAGCACUGUCACGGCAAGAACCUGGAACAACUAUCGUUUGCUUUUCCUGUCAACUGUGUGGACAAUUGUUUCAAGAUCAGUUAUUGUUUUUCACGCAUCUAAAAACACAUUACGAACCGGAAAAUAUCGGUUCCAAGAAGGAUGCAGACGGAGAGAAGAGAAUCACCGUGACUAACUCCAUCGAUGUGGCCGAAAGCAUUGAUGCAGUGCAAUUAGAGGGCAAAAAACCGAAGCCGAAGUUGCCUCGUGUUAAGCACACGAAAAUGUUGAAAACUGAUCGAGUGUUCAAAGAUUCCACUGUGACUGUCCCAACGCAGCAGAACUACGAAGGUGAGAACAAUCUAACAUCGAGUCAGGUGCAGACGAAACCACUUUUAAGUUGUACCCAAGGUGCUUCCAUCAGUAGUAACGGUGUUGAGAUAGAUGCUGGUGAGUUUAGCGAAACGGAGGAUAUGCUCGAAGGCAUACGGAAUGUUGUACAACAAACGGUCGAUAAAGAUCCAGCUGAAGACUCAUGCUUUAAUCUAGAGGCGAAACAAUGGUAUCCCUCUUCGGUUACGGAGAAUUCCGAAUGUAUCAGUGAUAAGCAAAAAAUAGUCGGUCCAAUCACGGUUGAGGGAUCGUCCACGAGCCAUACUCGAGAUGCCAGUACAAAUGGGAGUGCGAGCACUUCUUCGUUCGAUAUGCUUUUCAACAAAUCUCAAAUAGACACUGGUGGACUCGUGGAAACUCUGGCAACAUCGCACUAUCAGGCAUUGGGAACGGCACCUAUAAUAGAACUGCAACCAUCGGAGAAAUGUGACCUCCUACUGGAACCAAUUGAGCCCAAACCGCUCAUGGAUAGCGGCGGCAAGACAGUGGCUACGGGUUCUCCAACAUUCUUAGCGUAUGCUUCGAGCCUUCUACCAUCGAUGGAGGCGCAAAUCACGGAACCGUUUUCAAAAGUUCAGGAAACGGAAACAGCUCAAGUUACUUCCAUUCGUUGCAUCCCUUUGCCCAAUUUAAGGAACUCGGUAGAAGGACAUGAUGAAGGCAGUGCUAAACCCACUCAAAUCAUUUAUGCAAAUGCCCUACCUGCGGCAGAUGAUGAAAAGGAACAAAAUGCAAUUUCCAUGGAUGGCCCUCUAGACGACACUAUGGAAGAGGACAGUUAUCCGGAUGAAGAUAAUGAAUGCGAUAGUGAAGAAUUGGAUAAUCUGUCAGCAAACGAACACGAGCCAGCGCUUGGCCAGACUGAAGAAAAUGUACAACAAUCGAAUAAGGGACAUGCAAAGGGGAAACGAAAAAACCGUAAAGUACAACCGGGUGAUGGGACUGGUGGAACUGGCAACAACCAGUCGAAAACGACCAAAUAUCUCUGCCAAGUGGAUGGAUGUGGACGACAGUUCAACUCUAACACGGCCUUCCAGUACCACCGUUUACAGCACACCGGCGAGCGGCCCCAUAAAUGUACCGUCUGCGGAAAGUGCUUCAUCACCUGUAGCGCCCUGAAGGUUCACGAGCGGCUGCACUCGGGCGAAAAGCCCUACAAAUGUGACCAGUGUGGCCAUUGUUUCCGGCAGUGGGGUGAUCUGAAGUAUCACAACAUUUCGAUCCACUCGAACGAGAAAAGCCACAAGUGUGAAUUCUGUGGCAAACAGUUUGCACGCCGUUAUUCCCUUUCCCUGCAUCGGCGGAUUCACACGAACGAGAAAAACUUUAUCUGUGAGUACUGCAACAAAGGGUUCCGGGCGAGCACGUACCUGCAGACACAUCGGAGAAUACAUACGGGCGAAAAGCCACACCAAUGUACGAUAUGUCAUAAGAAAUUCCGGUGCCACGGUGACAUUAAUAGGCAUUUAAAAACACACGAGCGCAUCAAGGGUAAAGGCAAACAGCAAGAGCAAUCGACUGCUAAUACGGAUGAUGCGCCGAAAGUGUCUGAAACGCAGCAGCGUUCAAAUGUAAUUGAUUUGACUAAAUCGAAACCGAAGCGAGCGAAAAGGGCAGCGGCGCCAAAAGCCAGCGUCCUCGAGUAAAAGGAGUGCGAUUUAGCACUGAAUGCAUGAGCAAAGGAGAAUAAAUUUUAAACUAAAUUAUGAUACAA